GCAGACGGCUGUGCUUUCUAACCAGGUGGCACUAUUGUUGAGCUGCCGGGGCAGUAGCAUCGCUGCGCCUCUGCACGCAUCUGACAGGAGCGCAGGCGCCUUUUUUUCUUCCCCCCUUCAUCAGGAAGUGUCACACAGCCUUCAAAUAUCUCGCUGCCGGCAGACAAGGAGGCAUCGAUUUCGCGUUGCAUGGGGCAGUGAUAUUCGCGUUAGCCUGUCAUUAGCCUGAGCUGUUAACCUUUAACUUGUUCGGCGCUCCUGCUGCUUCUGCUCCUACCGCUACCUCCAUUGCUGCUACUGGCUGCGUCCUGCCAUCCUCCCCCUCCGCUCUCGGUGUGGGUAGUGUGGAAUGGACGCCCUCGCUGCAGCCCUGUUUAUGGAAUCACAGUUCGCCGUCGUUAUCGCAGCUGUAGCCCUUUGGUGGUGACAACAUGCCGUUGAAAUGGAAAAGCGGUUCUCCCGUCAGCUGGAAAUUCCCAGUGCCCGUCCUUAAAACCUCCAGGUCCUCUCCACUCUCGCCAGCCUACAUAUCCCUCGUGGAGGAUGAUGACCCUCACAUGAAGGUGUCUCUGGGCUGUGGUGACAUGGGCAUAUCCGCCCAUCUUCAGGCAUCUAAGACAGGCAACACACGUUUUUUCACCAGCAACACACACAGCUCCGUUGUCCUACAGGGCUUUGACCAGCUCAGGAUAGAGGGGCUGCUGUGUGACGUGACGCUGGUGCCGGGUGACGGAGACGAGCCCUUCCCCGUGCACAGAGCCAUGAUGGCCUCCUCCAGUGACUACUUCAAAGCCAUGUUUACAGGUGGGAUGAAGGAGCAGGAUUUGGUGUGUAUUAAGCUUCACGGUGUAAAUCGGAUAGGACUGAAAAAGAUCAUCGACUUCAUCUACACAGCCAAGCUCUCGCUCAACAUGGAGAACCUUCAGGACACUCUGGAGGCAGCCAGCUUCCUGCAGAUUCUCCCCGUGCUCGACUUCUGCAAGGUCUUUCUCAUCUCCGGGGUCUCGUUGGACAACUGCGUGGAGGUAGGCCGCAUCGCCAACACCUACAACCUGACGGAGGUGGACAAGUACGUGAACAACUUCAUCCUGAAGAACUUCCCCUCGCUGCUGUCCACCGGCGAGUUCGUCAAGCUGCCCUUCGAGCGGCUGGCCUUCGUGCUGGCCAGCAACAGCCUGAAGCAGUGCGGCGAGCUGGAGCUCUUCAAGGCGGCGUGCCGCUGGCUGCGCUUCGAGGACGGCCGCAUGGAGCACGCCGCGCGCCUCAUGCGCAACAUCCGCUUCCCGCUCAUGAGCCCCAGCGAGCUCAUCAACCACGUGCAGACGGUGGACUUCAUGCGCACGGACAACACGUGCGUCAACCUGCUGCUGGAGGCCAGCAACUACCAGAUGAUGCCCUACAUGCAGCCGGUCAUGCAGUCGGAGCGCACGGCCAUCCGCUCGGACUCGGCGCACCUGGUGACGCUGGGCGGCGUGCUGCGGCAGCAGCUGGUGGUCAGCAAGGAGCUGCGGCUCUUCGACGAGAAGGCGCACGAGUGGAAGGCGCUGGCGCCCAUGGACGCGCCGCGCUACCAGCACGGCAUCGCCGUCAUCGGUAACUUCCUGUACGUGGUGGGGGGCCAGAGCAACUACGACACCAAGGGCAAGACGGCGGUGGACACGGUGUUCCGCUACGACCCGCGCUACAACAAGUGGAUCCAGGUGGCUUGCCUGAACGAGAAGCGCACCUUCUUCCACCUGAGCGCCCUCAAGGGCUACCUGUACGCCGUGGGCGGGAGGAAUGCCGCCGGGGAGCUAGCCACGGUGGAGUGUUACAACCCCAGGACGAACGAGUGGACGUACGUGGCCAAGAUGAACGAGCCGCACUACGGCCACGCAGGCACAGUCUACGGAGGACUCAUGUACAUUUCAGGCGGCAUCACCCACGACACCUUCCAGAAGGAGCUUAUGUGCUUCGACCCGGACUCGGACAAGUGGACGCAGAAGGCGCCCAUGACCACGGUGCGCGGCCUCCACUGCAUGUGCACAGUGGCCGACCGGCUCUACGUGAUCGGCGGCAACCACUUCCGGGGCACGAGCGACUACGACGACGUGCUGACGUGCGAGUACUACAGCCCGUCACUGGACGUGUGGACGCCCAUCGCCGCCAUGCUGCGGGGCCAGAGUGACGUGGGCGUGGCCGUCUUCGAGAACAGGAUCUACGUGGUGGGCGGCUACUCGUGGAACAACCGCUGCAUGGUGGAGAUCGUGCAGAAGUACGACCCCGAGAAGGACGAGUGGCACAAGGUCUUCGACCUGCCUGAGUCGCUAGGGGGCAUCCGGGCAUGCACACUUACCGUCUACCCACCCGAGGACCUGUCGGCCGGCUCGCCCAACCGCGAGUCUCCCUUGUCGGCGCCUUAAGAAUGGAGAGGGGGGGGAGGAUGGAGAGAGACUGAUAGAGACAGAGUGAUAGACAGAGAGAGAGAGAGAUAGAGAAAGACAAAUGAAGGACAAAAUGGACAUACGGACGUAAGGAAACAACCUGGCCCCCUCCUUUACUCCCUGUCACUCCCUCCCUCCUUCUCGCCCCUCCGUCUGGAUAUCAAAACAUGCCCACCCUUACCCCUCACACCCCCUACAUUAGAUACACACACACACGCACACACACACACACACACACACACGCACACGCACGCACACACACAUACACGCAGACAUACUCCUGUAUACAUGAUUUGCACUUCCCUGUUGGACUGAUGAAGGCGUCUCCAGUGACAUCCUAAAGGAUCAUGCCACUGCCCUGCUUCUCCUUAAGCUGUGCAGGAGAUACACCCCCCCCCCCCCUCUAGUGCCCCAGAAACAGUGAGGAAAAAAAAGAAAUGCUGAAGUUAUUCGGUUUGGCAACCUAAUUACAUGUUCAUGUCGCAUAUUCCUUUUUUUUUCUUUAGUUUCUUCUUGGCAGCAAACACACACAUAUACACACACACACACACACACACACACACACACACACACACACACACAAAUUGACUUGAAUGAGUGACUUUGCAAUUCAACUUUUCUACCUGAUGUCUUUGGAAUUUAUUAUUAUUAUUAUUAUUAUUAUUAUUAUAUUAUGUCAGAGGAUUUUUUGUUUGUUUGUUUAUUUUAUUUUAUUUUGCGUUGGUCUGCGGCAGGUGAGGGGGCUGAUUUCACAGGACAGGUCAAAGGUUAAAGGUGAAACUCACAGGGCGCCCGAUGCGCCGUCCUACGCGCACCCUCUCAUUUCCCCCCCACCCAACCCCCAGCCCCUCUUUUUAUCAGUUCUUCUUCCUGCUCUUGAACUGUUCGAAAAAUGGUGUUUUCUAAGUUUAAUAAAUGAGAUUUACUAAAAAAAAA